UUAGCAGCUUUCUGGACGCACAGAGACAAGAUGGAGUUCCUCCGGCAACACCUCCCUGGGCUACAUCAAGCCUUAAGGGGGGCACUGGAUUCCCUCAGCACCUUUGUCUCCUACCUCAUGGGUGAUGCGGUCCCCACUGUAGAGAGGGAGGCACAGGAACUAGGAGAGGUGGCUGAAGGAAAGGCAGGGAAGAUUGUAGAGGAGAAGAAAGCCCAGGAGUCCCUGCACAGCCUUAGAGGUGGCCACAGUGAGGGAGCUGAAGCGCCAAGAGGGCCUGGAGAGGCAGGAGGAGGUGAGGAGGACAGCUCAGCUGCAGAACAGGUCUGGGGGUGGGGAGAAGGCAGCUCCUGUGGGUCCCAAGCAGGUAGGCAGGACUCUGGGGCAGGCAGGGGCCCAGAGCCGAGUGUUCUCUUAGAGGCUGAGAAGACCUCUGAGGCAGGGUCUGGGACUCACAGAGACAGGAGCAGUGAGGCCAAGGAAAGACAAGCAGCUGAAGAGCAGGAAGUGAACAGAGGGGAGACGCUGAGAACCUGGGAACAGGAGGAGGAGGAAGAGGAGGAAGAGGUCAGGGCAAGAGAGCCUGGGAUGGCCAGAGGGGUGGAGUCAGAGCUGCCCUGGCACAGGGAGCCCAAGGAGAAGGCCAGUGCUGAGAGGGAGGAGGAGGUGGCUGUGCACUGUGGGGAGACAUGGCCGGAGGUCAGGGAAGCAGUUGCAGAAGCUGAGGUGUCUGGAGCCCAAGGGCCCUGGAAAGUGGAAGGGGAGGUAGUGGCAGUGAAAGCUGGCCAAAGCAUAGGGCUGCAAGGGACCCAGGACCCAGGGCCAGAGUGUGAAGAUUGGAUAACCUUGCAUAAGGAGGAGGCCUGGGCAACCUUAGUCAAGGAGGUGGACAGGGCAGCCUCAGAUAGAGAGGAAGCUGACCUCUCAGGAGUCAGGGAGAUGGAAGAUGGGCUAGUCCCAGGAGAUAGGCUCUCAGAAGCUACUAGUAGUAUCAGGACCCUAGAGGAGGCCUUCAACAGAGAGCAGGAAGAGGAGCUGGAUGAGAAGACAGAGGAUGAAGUGCAGGCUCUCCCCAAACAGCCCUGGGCCCUGGUUACUGAAGCAACAGAAGAUGCAGCUGAGAACCAGAAGGCAAAGAUGGAGGCUGCAGGAGCCCCGGAGCCAGGGGUGGAGGCAGGGGAGCUCUCGGAGGGUCAGACAGGUCCGUGUGGGAAAGAGGCCCAGAGCAGGCAGAGCCCAGAGGUCAAGGCUGAUGGUGCCAGGCUGCAGGAGGCCCCAGCAGAAGAGCCUCCAGAAAAGAAAGAGAGGUGCUGGGCCCCAGAGGCUGAGCUGGCCCUGCACAAGGAGGCUGAAGCGGAGGCUGCCUCAGAAGCAGGCCUGGAGGCCAUGCCCAAGGAGGAGUUCAUGUGGGUAAAGGGCCAGGAGGGUCAGAUGAGCCAAGAAACACUGAGGGUGGAGUGGGUUGUCCCUGAAAAGCAGGGGCCCGAGCUGGCGGGAGAUGCCCCAGGGCCAACAGGUCUGCUGAAAGGACAGGGGUGUCAGGAGGAGCACAGGCCAGGUCCAAGCCUGAGCAAAGAGGAGACAGAAGCAGGGGUGGCGGAACAGCCCCAACACAUGGGGUCUGUCCCUCCUGAAGUCCUUGAGGCUGCAGACUGGAAGAUCUGGUACAGAGGGGACACAGAGAGCAAAACUACCCAGGAGGAUAAAGCAGAUGCUGAAGAGGAGGCUGCAGGAGACCAGGCCUUGGAGGCCGAGGUCAAAGGAGGCUGGGAGUCUGAACUGCCAGAGGUUCUGGUGUGUGGAGUAGAGGAGAAAGAGGACUCUGUAGUGGAGAACCAGGAGCUGCAGGCAGACCAAGGGACAGAGGCAGGGCCAAGCCCGGCACUGGGAGAGUCAGAGACCAAAGAUACUGAGGACAGGGUGGUGGGGGUCACUGUGCCUUGGGAGGCAGACGGCUCACCCAGGGAAGGUGGGAGGCUGGAGGAGGCAGCGCUGAGGCUCCAGGACCAAGAGGUCGCACAGACCAGCCCUUUGACUACAGAGGUAGUAGAGGCCCAGGCCAUCCUAGCUGGGGAAGGCCAGGAAGAAGAGGGUGGAGAGGCUAGGAGAGGCUGGGACUCUGAAGAGAGAGAAGAGGCUGGGGGAGCUGCACUGUUGGAAGACGAGACUGAAGAGUGGCAUGUGAGAGGGCAGGGGGAGGACAGUGACAGGCAGCACGGGGACCGCCAUCCUGAGGGAGAGGCACAGAAGCCGCUGGAUGUGGACGAUGUGGCGGCAACUGGUGACCAGUGCACAGAGGCCAAGGGGACUUCUCUAGAAGACCUGGAGGAUAUCCAGGACCAGGAGGGGUGGCCAACACUCCAGCCUCCUGUAGAGAUGGCACCUGGGUCCUCUGAGACUGCAGAGGCCCUGGGAAGUGACAAAGUGGACACUCACAGCAGCUGGAGUGAGGCCCUGCUCCCUGGCUCCCGCCUGGAUGUCUCUGCCUUGCGAGACCGUGCGCUUCUGCAGCGAAGCUCCUGGAAGCGUCGUUCACGGCCCUCUUUCUGGAGGACAUCUUCCCCGGAGCAGCAGGAGGACCCUCCCAGUCCACCACCUGAGGAGGUGCUGUCCACCCCUCAGCAGCAGGAAGACCUUCCCAGUCCACCACCUGAGGAGGUGCUGUCCACCCCUGAGCGGGAACCUCUACAGCUAGAGGAAGCCCCUGAGGCAAGUCCUUCACAGUCUGGAGGGUCCCCAGAGCCAGUCAAGAAAAAGUUCCGGGGACAAGGGUUUGGCCUGGCACACCCUGGCAUGAUGCAGGAGUUGCAAGCCAGGCUGGUCCAGCGGAAACCCCAGUGACAAGAGUUGCUGUCCCUCUGAAAGCCUGCCCUGCGUGAGGCUCAGGAGCCUCCAGGAGCCCUACCUCUGCUGGCUCUCUCUGCCACCUGCACCCUUUCCACUGUCUGAGCCUCACUUCUUGGUGUCUCAUCCAUGGAGUGGACAAGACCAGAAUGUCUGUGAAGACCUUGGACUUCGGGGAUCUGACUCUAGUGCAGGCUGGUGGACCCUAUGCCUCUGAAAACUCUGCUCCAGGGACCCUUGCCCUGCUCACCUCAGCCUGGCCUAGCGGUUCAGAAGAUAGCACAGAGGACUGGGGAUGGAGUCUGUUCUCCAUAGUCUUCCCUCUGCACCCAAGCCUCCAGAGAGCUGCAGGUUGA